CAACUUGUUGCGAUUUUCAGUAUCACAUUGCUGACAAGCGCGUUAAGCUGUAAAGAUGGCAAAAGAGCUGAAUUGCGCCGAAUCCACCAUAAAGUACAUCUUGUUCGUAUUUAAUGUGAUAUUUCUGAUUGGCGGAAUCGCUCUUUUGACUUUAGGAGGGAUAAUUCUAGCUCAGAUAGCGACAUAUGACUCAUUCUUUGACGAUCCGUUUGCCACUCCAGGGAUAAUCCUGGUGUCAAGUGGUGCGCUUAUCGUGAUAACAGGAUUCUUGGGAUGUUUCGGCGCAAUCAAACAGUCUUUUCGGAUGCUUCUCGGGUUCGCCGGUUGCAUGACCCUAAUUUUCGUGCUUCAACUGGUCGGUGGAAUUUUGGCGUUCACUUUUCAAGAAAAAUUGGACUCGUUUCUGGAGGAAAAUCUGCUAGAGCAGAUGAAGCUUUAUGGUAACCCUGAAGCUGGAGAUGGGCCCAAAAUCACUUGGGACACUAUGCAGAGUAACUUCCAGUGCUGUGGCAUCGAGACCUAUAGCGAUUGGACGUUUUACACAGUCUUAGUAACCCCGCCCGAAUCUUGCAAUUGCAACCCAAACGACAAUAGCAUCUGCAACCCUUUGGGAUAUUACAAAGACGGAUGCAUCGAUGACUUGAAAGGUUUCUUCAUAUCUUUACAAAUCGCACUGGGCGCAGUUGGAAUCUGUUUUGCUGUCGCAGAGAUUAUUGGCAUUGUAUUUGCGAUUGUUGUCGCAUUUGCAAUCAGAAGAAAGGAAAAUGAAGAAUCAAUUUAUGUAACUAGGAUUUCGGCACGACCAAAGAGGUCUUUUGAUUGAAUGGUGUUUUGCACAAUGAGAUUUAUCUCUUCAUAGAUCUAAAUUGAAAAUGGCUUUGUAAAAAAUUUAUUUAUUUCAUUUAUUUAAUACAGCAUUUCAAUAAAAGUAUUUUUAAAUUUUCA